GCGCAUUGAGAGAAAGAAUUUUAUGCAUCAUUUUUAAUUUCGGGAAUUAAACGAUCAAAUACGCUUCAGAAAUAGCUUAAUUCAUCAUAUAUUAAUAGUUAACGGAGAUCUGUAAAACAUGGAAAGUGACGAUGAUUCUCGUACGUCUAACUCAUCUGGAUCUUCAAAUUCGUCAUCAAAUGGACCAGCAAGUCCAGCACCACAAAAUGACAAUGAAAAUGAGUCAAAUGAUCAGCCAGAACGAUCGAAUUCAGUGUCUCAAGACAGUAAUUCCAUCCAGGAUAUACAGGAUAAUAGCAAUCAAGGACAUAAAUCACCAUCGCCAGUUCACGAUAAAAGUAAUGAACAAGAACAGUCAAAAAGUGGACAAGAUGAUGAGGAAGAACUAGAAUUAUCAGAUAUCGAUGAUGACGAAUCGAAUAAGAAUAACAAGAAAGAUAUAAGUCACGAAGACUUGAGUGAUAUUAGUGAUUUAGAGAGUAGCAAUGGACCUCCAUCGCCUGAAUACACUGAUUUACGUCAAAAGUUACAGAAUAAGCGUCAAAAUGGAUCUACAAAUGAAUUAGACAUGAAAAACGACGAAGAUGAAUUAGAUUUUGAGGACGAUGAAGUUAAAGAAAGUUCAGAGUCGGUUAAAAAGCAGCCACAGAUGCAGCAACAACAACAACAAUUACCGCCACAAGAGUCUAAAGAUAGUGGAAAUGGUUCAGUCAAGGAAGAUGGCGAACAUAAAUCUGAUAUAGAGCUUGAAAGUGGCGAAGAAUUAGAAGAUGGAGAAGUUACAGAUGGCGAUGAAAAGCGGCCAGAAGAAUCGGAACCGAAAGCAGUUUGUCGUUUUUUUACGCGCGGUCAGUGUACAUGGGGAAUGAGUUGUCGAUUCUUACAUCCAGGAACAACAGAUAAAGGAAAUUAUACAAUGUUUGAUCUUGUACGUCCUAUUCCAGUUCCUCAAGGUAAUAUGGGAAUGAUGCCUUCAUAUGAUUAUCGUACCGAACGCCCACCAAUUCAUCAUGCACCACACAUUCCACCUAAUUAUGGAGGGCCUGCAAGGCCACCAUUGCCAGCUAAUGACAAUGAAUCUGCUUGGGAACGUGGAUUAAGGACAGCUAAGGAAAUGAUGAGAAAGGCUAAUAAACGAAAGGAACAAGAUAUGGACUUUGACGAAAAGAAAAUGAAUUUAUCAGGUCCACCAGAUGAAGUUGAACGAGAUCCUUACUAUGUUCGUGGAUCACCUGAAGACGCACCAGCAUUUGAGAAAUUACCGAGAGGACCUCCUCCAAUGCGUGGUGGUCCACCAUUUAGUCCACCAGCGAAAUUUGCACGAAAUGCUGCAUUUUACGAAGCAGAUCAAUAUGGACGAAUGCCUAGAUCUUAUCGUGAAUUACCACCACAUCGUAUGCCUCACUAUGAAGAUGAAGAGAUUGGUAAGAGACGACCUAAUCGUCCAACGCGUGAAGUUAUUGUAGAAAAAGCAAGCGAUGAUUGGAAUGAUCCUUGGAUGAGAAAAAAAUCACCAGGUCGCGGUGGGAGUAGUAAAGGCAGAAAAGGACGUGAGCGAUCAUAUAGCAGCAAUAGCAGUUACAGUUCGUCAAGUAGUUCAAGCAGAAGUCGCUCUAGAUCACAUUCAUCAUCGGAUUCUUCACCAAAUCCAAAUAAUCGACGUCGUUUUGAUUCUAAAAAUUCCCGAGAACAUAUAACUCCAAGAAAAGUUGACAGAAAGUCCAGAAGUACAUCAUUAAAACGUCGUCAUUCUCCAGUACGUCCACGAAUUACAAAGAAAGCUAUUUCACCUGUUGUAGUUCCUAAACGUGCAAAGAAGCAAGUAUCGCCAAGCGCUAUUAAAGCAGUUUCAGGACAACGCAAGAAACGGGACAGUUCAUCGUCAUCAGGUGGAUCAGAAUCAGACUCUUCAUAUUCAUCGAGCACAAGCAGCUCAAAGGGAAAGAAACGACGUGAAAAAUUGGCAUCUGAAAGAAAGCCAGCUGCUGCAAAGAAAGUUGAAAUGACAAAGAAGCGAGCAAUAUCUCCAGUACAGCAACCAGCAGCAAAAGAAGACGAUAAGCCAGUUGAGAAACCAAGCGAAAAGGCAUCAGCAGCAGCAAAAUUAAAAUCAUCAAGACGUGAGGAGUUAUUGAAACAAUUGAAGGCUGUUGAAGACGCAAUCGCCAGAAAACGAUCAAAAAUCACUUAAAUAAAGAAAAUGUUUUUAAUCCGUGCAACACAAUACAACAGAAUGUUGCAUCAACAAUUUGAAUACAACAAUAAGCUUAGAUUCACUACUGAAAUAUUUCAAGUAAUAUUUUUUAUUUGUUUAGUAAUUGUAAUUGAUUUUCUCCUUAAAAUUAUAUUUGAAUAACGAUAAACUAUAGUAUACAUACACAAUAAAUGAUUAAAAAGGA